CAGUUUCUUAGGGUUUUUCUUUGUAUAUAAGAGCAAUUGUGGGCUAUAUUCUCAGGAUUCUAAAGGAUGCAGUUAAAGUGCCGUGAUGGCAGCAAUGAACAUUGAUCUGGGAGGAUUGGCAGGCAGGCCUACUACUUCACAGGCGGAUCCUUUUCAAAGUGCUUUGUAUGGAGCUGGACCUGGACUCAUCCGAAGUGGACUAGGAGUGUACAGUGAGAAGUUUUUAGGUUCAAGCUCCGACUUUAUGCAAAGCAAUAUCACCCAAUAUUUGUCCAAUCCACAAUAUUACUUUCAAGUGAACAACCAGUAUGUGAGGAACAAGCUGAAAGUUGUCUUGUUUCCUUUUCUGCAUCGGGGACACUGGACUAGGAUAACUGAGCCAGUGGGAGGAAGGCUGUCAUACAAACCUCCAGUUCAAGACAUCAAUGCUCCAGAUCUGUACAUCCCUCUGAUGGCCUUUGCCACCUACAUUGUAGUUGCUGGAUAUGCCUUGUGUGUUCUUGGAAGGUUUACCCCGGAGGCACUGACUAUACAGUUCACAAAAGGGUUACUCGGUUGGUUUAUGCAAGUCAUCCUCAUUAAAGCACUACUUUACUCACUGGGAAGUGGUGAAUCGCCGUUGCUUGACAUUGUGGCAUAUGCCGGCUAUGGGUUUGCCGGUACCUCACUUGCGAUGCUUGUCCGCAUCUUCUGGAGCUACUCAUACUAUUUUGUGCUGCCGUGGUUCUGUAUCUGCACUGGAGUGUUCCUGGUUAAGACGAUGAAGAGGGUUCUGCAGGGUGCAUCGAGGACUUAUGAGAGACAUCCUAGCAGGAACCACUACUUUCUUCUAUUCCUCGCGGCCGCGCAAUUCCCCAUGCUUUUUUGGCUAGGCAACAUCAAGGGCUGAUGUUUCAGUCUCAUGUCAGAACAGGGACAUAUUUUUUCCUUUUCUUUUCUUCAAGGCGGAGGCUAAAACUCGAUCAGAAUAAAGUUUGAGAUUUUGUCUUACAGAUGAACUUUUGUAGUAGCCUUGUCUAUAGUUCAGGCUCUUAUUGGAGUGGUAAAUUUCUUGAUAGAGGACCUCAAAAA